CAGUAAUCAACAAAAAUGGCGAACUCGCGCGAAGAUGACAUCGUGGGAGCUUGUGGGGAUGAUAAAGUUGAUAUGGACUCCGCAAAAGACAACAAUGAGACGGCCACAAAAAAGUAUCCAACAUGCAUUGUGGUUCUUGGAAUGGCAGGAUCAGGAAAGACAACAUUCGUUCAGAGGCUAACAGCACAUCUUCAUGCAAGAAAGACACCACCCUAUGUGGUUAAUCUCGAUCCUGCAGUGAGAGAGGUGCCAUAUCCAGCAAAUAUAGACAUAAGAGACACAGUCAAUUAUAAGGAAGUGAUGAAACAAUACUCAUUAGGACCAAAUGGUGGAAUUGUCACAUCACUCAAUCUGUUUGCAACUCGUUUUGAUCAGGUAAUCACAUUUGUAGAGAAGAAAUCAACAGAAUGCCAGUAUGUCAUAUUUGAUACACCUGGCCAAAUUGAGGUGUUCACCUGGUCAGCUUCAGGCACUAUUAUUACAGAAUCUUUGGCCUCGGUGUUUCCCACUGUCAUUGUGUAUGUGAUGGACACAUCACGCAGUGUGAGUCCCAUCACCUUCAUGUCGAACAUGCUGUAUGCUUGCAGCAUCCUGUACAAGUCCAAACUCCCAUUUUUGAUUGCGAUGAACAAGAUAGACAUUAUCAGCAAUUCUUUCGCUGUGGAAUGGAUGAGAGACUUUGAGGCCUUCCAUGAGGCUCUUGAGCAUGAGACUUCUUAUGUGUCAAACCUCACACGCUCAAUGAGUCUGGUACUGGAUGAAUUCUAUGCUAAUCUCAAGUGCGUGGGAGUGUCAGCUGUUACUGGCGAAGGAAUGCAGGAGUUUUUUGAGAAAGUGGAUGAAGCAAGAGAGGAGUAUGAAAGAGAAUAUAAACCAAUGUACGAGAAUCUGAAGCAGAAGAAAGAGGCUGAAGACCGGAGGAAACAGGAGGAAGAGCUGGCUCGUUUCCAUGAGGACUACAGACCUGAGAAAGAUGUCCAGAAGGUUGCAGAUGAAGUACUCUAUGCCUUGCCAGACACCUUGUCACUUCAUGCAGCAGUUGAUGAUGGUGAGGAGGAAGAUGAAGAUGAGAGUAAUGUACCUGAAUAUGGAACCAUGCCAGGGGAAGAGGAAUCUUUCCACAGAUAUCUUCAGCAGCACAGACAAAGGCAGGCUGAAAAACAGCAAAGACUCACAACCAAGCCUUCCUGACAUUGUUUUUAAAACAAAUUUUCCAAUAUUAAUGACAUCUUGUGUGAGAAUGGUGUUUGAGAGGGUUUUUUUUUGGAAAUACAGAAAACAGUUCAGUGUUUGUGCGUGGUGCUAUUUUGAGGACUUACUAGUGGUUGACAAGGUGUGAGGGGGAAGGUAUUGGUGUUUUACGCAUGGUCAGCAACUAAGGCAACAAGAAGAUGCCACAUGCAGAGAGAGAACAGUGUGCCCGAGACGAAAACUUAACCCAGGACAGCCAACCUUCCCUGUAUUGGUGACAGGCGCAGACUGUUGUGCCACUGGACCACCCGAGGGUGAAGAGGGGAGUGAAAGGAAGUUAUGUGAACAAUUAAAUUAUAAGGUAGUAACAAAGAAGAGUACCUUAAAAUUAGGAAAACAGAAUGCUGAAGGAUGGAUAGCUUACAUUUUAGGGAGUGGGACAUUCCAGCACACAACUUACACAGAUCUUAGUACAAGAGUGCCAAAACUAAAAUAAGGACAAAAUAUGUGGACCAUCUUGAUUGAGGAGUGAGUAAAAAAUACUCAUCACAAGCAAUAAAUGAGCUAUUUUUCAGGGAAUAUGCAACGCACAUUAACCAAUUUUGAAGUUAACAACAAGACUUGAAUAAAAAUGUAGUUCCUCGGAGUCUGAAUCAC